AUAAAAAUGAUCUAUUACUUUGAGUAGAUUUUAAAAAUUUUAAUUUAAAAAGGACCAUUUCUUACAUACCCAGAGCCUAACACUCACAUACAGACAUACAUAACAGUCCAAACUCAUCCACAGAGAUACACAUCCACCCAACACCAACCUUCAAAAUGAGCGAAUCGAUUGAGCGCAAAACCCUGAUUCAGGAAAAGAGAAAACUCAUGGAGGAGAAGAGGAUGAGCAUGGGAAUGAAGUCAUUCUGCGCUUCUUUUGUCGGGACCAAUUUCCGACUGAGUGAGGAGCCGCAGUACUCGUUCUCGGCCAUGAUAAAGCGGCAUAAGGCUGAUAACCAAUUUGUUGAUGUUAAUUAUGAGGACUUAGAGCAAGAGGAGUAUGUGCCCAUUUAUCAAACUGUAUUCUUUGACGACAAGGACCCCGUGCAUGAACCCACAUUCUCUAAGCACCGCAUACCACUGCAAAUACGAUGUCUGGAGCGGUACCACAAUUCCAAGCGGGAGUACGCCCAGCAGUUCAAGCGCGAAAUUAAACUCCUGAUCGACAAUCAGUCUACGGCCGAGAGUGCCUGGCAAUUCGUAAGGACAAUGGCUUAUACCACUCUUUGGCCGCCGCUUCAUACAAGAAAAGAACUAAAGAUUUUUGAAAAGGAUUUUUGCAAACUUUCUCCUACUGAGCAGCAUCGGUACAAUAAAAUAAUGGCGACAAAUUUUACAUGAAGGCUCUGAAGUUACACAUGUGAACUAUUUAUAAUUCCAAGAAAAAUAUAAUUUUAAGAACCUUAGUGUUUUAA